CAAACUGCGCGCGCGCUCCCGCGCCCCAACGUCGCUGCCGUGUGACGUUAGCGGCCGCGCAGGCCGGCCGGGCGGGCGGGGGAAGGAUGCAAGGAAGGAUGAGCGGCCGCGGGCCCAAGUUGGAUCUUGUUCAGGAGCGUGGUUAUGAUUCAGAAUUCAGUGAGGAUGAACAUGAAGCAGAGACAUCUAACUGUAAAAGUCAAAGUUUCAAUUCCAGGACAAGAAAUGAUGCUGCGGCAUUUAAAAAGCCGUUCCAAAAGGAGAAAUACACCCAAUUACCCCACAAGCAACUUGCAGCUAAUGAAUGCGACAGGGAAGAAGCAAGAAAUCGGCGUUACCAUCUUAUUGCUAUGGAUGCUUAUGAACGGCACCAGAAGUACAUCAAUGAUUAUUUGCUUUAUUACGGUGGAUCCAAAGAAGAUUUAAAGAGAUCAACAGUGAAUGAUAAAACGGAUUUGGAUGUUAUAAAAGAAAACCAUAGAUUCCUAUGGACAAACGACGAUGAAGCUGAUAUGAACUGGGAGAAAACAUUGGCAAAGAAAUACUAUGAUAAAUUAUUCAGAGAAUAUUGUAUUGCUGAUUUGAGCCAAUAUAAACACAAUAAGAUUGGAUUUCGGUGGCGAAUUGAUAAAGAAGUAAUUUCAGGAAAAGGGCAAUUUGGCUGUGGAAACAAAUAUUGCGAUGUGAAAGAUGGUCUGAAAAGUUGGGAGGUUAAUUUUGGAUACAUGGAACAUGGGGAAAAACGAAACGCACUUGUGAAAUUGAGAGUGUGCAAUGUGUGCUCCCGUAAGUUAAACUAUCAUCACAGGAGGAAAGAAGUAAAAGCUGCAAAGAGGAAAUCUACAGAGGAACAUCAUAAUGCUCCAGCAGAAAAAAUAACCAAGACCAGAGAGAAGCAAAGUUCUAAAAGCCAGGGUAAAUCUUCCACCAGCAGAACAGAACAAGAUGACGAUGAUUCUAAUAAAGAAUCAGAAGAUGCUCCAAAUGCAGAAGAUCCCUCUGAAUAUUGGAAAGGACCAAGUCAAGAUACUGAAGAUAAGACUAAGGAGGAGGAAUUUGAUGAAUAUUUUGAAGACAUGUUUCUGUGACCUGUGCAUUGAAGAGGAUACCGAAGGUUAAUCACUUCAUUCAGUUAAUUCCAAAAGAAGAUCUCUUAAUCAUUACUCAAAUUCCGUAUCUGCCUCAUUCCGUAAGGGCCUGUCCCACUUAGGCUAUUUUUUGGGUGACUACAGGUGACUAGGCUGUCGCCGGGGUGUCGCAUGUAUGGUCGUGAGUAGUCUCCUCUGUCGCCCAAAGAGUCGUAGCGUCUUUCUGGUUGCCGCUGGGUUUUCAACGUGUUGAAACAUUUUUCGGAGACAGUCUGCGACAGUGGGUUUGACGCCAAAGAUCAUAGCUUGGCUUCUCCUGAUGUAGGUGCAAUCGUAAUUGUUGCCAGAUUAACGCAGGUUGUCGCCAGGUGACGUAGGUUGUCGCCGAUGCUGACUUUGUUUUUUUUUGUUGUUAAAGUAAUUUCAAAUUUUAUGGUGAAAGGGUUUGCCGGUUUUUCGACGACCUGCUACGACUAUGACAGUCGCCAGCAGUCGCCUAAAAAUAGCCUGUGGGACAGGCCCUUAAGACUUAAACUUAAAUUUUAUACCUGCAAUGCAUUUUCAUUUUUCCCAUUGAAACAUCAAUAAAUCUGGAAGAAUCCAAAAGAAUGAAUUGUGAUGGUGAAUAGAAAUAUCUUGCAGGGGUUAAUUAUAUUGUAAUAUACUCUGCAGAACUGCUACCUGUAAUAUGUUGCGAUCAUUUUAAGGAAAUUACAGAUACCGAUGCAGUUUCAAAGGUAAUGAUACACCAGAUCAAGCAAAAAAAACUGUUUAACAACUCAAUAGAUUUGCUUAAUGCCUUGGUUAUUAAUUUAACUUGUUCAUUGAUUAAAAAUAUUGAUAUGUUUCAGUUAAACCUUAUUUAUCAAUGGAAUCCUAAAGUGAAAUCAGUCAAGUCUCUACUUUUUAUAUGAAGAUACAGGUACACAACCUUUUAUCCGAAAGCAUUGGGACCAGACACUUCUCGCAUUUCGGAAUUUUUCGGAUUUCGGAAUGGAAGAUUUUUAGCGUAGAUUUUAACUUUUUUUAGCUAAAACAUUACAGGGGACCGGGUGGCUCAGUGGUAGAGUGCUCGGCUCGUGGCCACAAGGUCGAAAGUUUGCGCCUCGAUCCCGGCAACUACUCGGUGAGGGAGGUAGCGCGGGCGGCUUGGAAAGCCUGGAGCGGCUGCCUCCUCCUCGGAGACCGGGGCACUCGUAGCCCUCAGGCCGCGCCGGUUGUGGCUCCGACCCCGGCAAACUAAAUCCCAGGCUCCGCGGCGCUCCAAAUCCAGCGCUGCCCGCGGCCGGACGCCCGCAGCCCCAGCUCCGCGAUGUUGGGAGUCGGUGAUGACGCAGCACUGGGA